AUGCGAGUCUAUUCCUCGAUCGACUCUAGCAACGCCCUCGCCUUCCACAACGGUCGCGUAUAUACCAUCAACGACGACCAACCCUGGGCCGAGGCAUUUAUUGUAUCCCCGACGGGGGUUAUCGAACACAUUGACAGGAAUGCAGCCAUCUUGGAGAUCGCCUCGGCUCGCGGCCUCAUCCAAUAUGACCUCCGCCAGCGCUUCGUCAUGCCGGGCAUCCACGAUGCCCAUACGCACCUGCUCGUCGCCGGCCUGCAAGGGCUGAACGAAGCCCGCAUCGGCUUCGACUCGACGCCCGACAACCUCACAUCUCGACUCGCUAAAGGUUCCUGCGCAUGCGCCUACGCCAAUGUUACCGGGGACUGGCUCAUUGGAAACUUCUACCAGGCCAGCCAUUUUCCCAACGGCGUGCCCGAUCGCAAAUACCUAGAUGAUCACUACCCCGAUCAGCCCGUGCUCAUCCGCGAAGUCUCCUGUCAUCGAAUCUUGCUAAAUACGGCUGGGCUUAUCCGUGCUGGAAUUGAUCCUAAUGGCGCCCCGGAUCCAGAUGGCGGGUACUACGUCCGCCGAAAAGAUGGAAUAACCCUCACCGGGGAAGUAGUCGAGAACGCCAUGACAGCGGUUUUUGACUGUCUGCCUAUCCCGCCGUUGGCGCAUGUCAAACGCGCGAUUCACCAUGCGAUGUCUAUAUGCCACAAAUAUGGAAUCACGUCCUGCCAGGAAGCGUCGGCGAAUACGCUCUACUUACAUGCUGUGCGAGAACUGGAGUUGGAGAACCGGCUGGAUCUGGAUAUCCAUACGCACAUUGUGUCAGCGCCGGUGUAUUUCGCCAUGGAGCCGCAGGAUAGUCUAGCCGGGUUGCUUGAUGUGGCGGAGGGAUUCAGAAGCCGACAUGUGCAUACUCAAUUUGUGAAGUUCUGGCUGGAUGGGGCUCCACUGCCUCCAGAAUUCACGCAGGCGGAUCUGGAUGCGAAUGGACAGCCGAUUCCGACGCAUUUGGCGCUGGAUAAAGACUUCCUGUACAAGGCCGUGAAAAAAUAUGAUGGCCGGGGCAUGUCGUGUAAACUGCAUACCGCCGGUGAGGGAUCUGCUCGACUGGCCCUAGAUGUCAUCGCCAAGGUGCGGGAAGGGAAUCCGGCUGGUCCCAGACACGAGCUUGCUCAUUGUAAUGCGGUGCACAAGGAUGACAUCGCGCGGUUUGCUCCGUUGAAAGUGACUGCGGAAAUGUCACCCGCCAUCUUCCAUCACGACGUCGUGGAAGAGUAUCCCGAACUCAACAAAUGGGCGUUCAACGGGGUGCUCGCCUCGGGCGCACUCAUGACCAUUGGCUCGGACUGGAUGCUCCCCGAGACGCCAUCAUUAUUUGAUGCCCUGGCUGCGAUUGUUGAACGCGUCCGAUACAAACCUGGAGGGCGAUGCCGGCGUCUCGCGUUGGGGGAGACGGCGAUGCAACGCGGAGGAGAGAUCCUCUGUCGCGUUCUGACGCUCAGCGGAGCAGAGGCUGUUGGGGCGCAGCAUCGCACUGGGAGUUUGGAAGUGGGCAAGAUGGCCAAUUUUAUUGUCGUCGAUCGGGAUUUGAGCCAGGGGAAUUUCAAGGGUGCGAACGUGCUGGAAACGUGGUUUGAGGGAAGGAAAGUGUAUCAGGCCACCAUGUCAAGUAAUACCCAUAAUGUCCACCUGCUCGAGUUCGUCGCGCAAAAGCGCUUUCACCAGCGGAUAGUUCUGCCUGCUACUGCACACCAUGGGCGGCUUGCGGUUACCUAUGCAGACAUCGGACCCCGGACAACGAAGGAUGGCUCACCCACCCCGACUAUGCUACUAAUUCAGGGAAUGGCAGGAUCCCGGCUAUGGUGCUGCCAAAAAGAUCAUCUCGCUAACAAACUGGAGGUCAGAAUGAUCUCCAUCGACCGGUAUUCUUUGUCACUCUCUCUUUCUUCAUGGAUGAAAGCUGACAUCUUAGGCCCGGAAUUGGCGGUUCAACUCCCGUUCCACCUGGACAACGAGUCCAAGUAUUGGCUGGAGACAGUGUCAGCGGUGUUGGAACACCUAUCCAUUAAGCACGUCGUCCCUAUAUCUCACAGUGCCGGCACUAUCUACAUCUUGAAUUUGUUGAUGCAUCGACGCGACCUGCUGUGCCCGAAAACGCCAAUGGCAGUACUAAUGGCGCCGUGGGUGGAGCCCAAACACUCGGAAAUUCUCUCCUUACAAAUGGCGAGGAUGAUCCCCACUGGCGUUCUGAAGCAAUGGAACAAGGUGAUGAAAUUCGUGGUCACCAAAGCGGUCCCUUCGCUCUGCUCGAGUGUGGAGGUUCUCGCCUCGAUGGGCGGCAGUAUCCCCCGUGCGUCCAAAGAAGACAUUGAGCACCGUGAACCAAAUCUUAUUGCAGAUGAGAUGGACCCACGGACCGCCGAGGAGGUGGAAAAUUUAUGCAUCGAGUAUAUUUUCCUGGAGGAUACCACGGGAAUGAACGAUGAAACUGUUGUCUGCCUGAAGAAGUCAACCGGGUUAUGGGGAGUCUGCGAAGAUCUCCCGAUCUAUAUCCGCUGGCUGGUGCGGGCAGAACUGUGGUACCAACAAGGCCACCCGGAGGAGAAGCAGCCUUUGCAGAUCAGGGCUAUUUUCGUAGAGAAGGAUGGGAUGAUUGGACCCAAGGGACAAAAAUACUUCGAGGACUGCUUCGCCAGAUCCGAUCUCAACGGUGUGGUCUCGUUUGAAUCGGUCCUGGAGAAAGGGACGAGUCAUGACACGCUCUGGGGCUUGGACACAGCAUUCUUGAAGAUGCUGAGAGAUAUUAAAGACACGAUAUCUCAGUAG